GUCUACAAGCGUAGUUACGAUGUAUGCAUGCAGCUGUAUGAAAAAGAGCUUCUGACAGAGAAUUCAUAUCUCUAUAUAUAUGGGUUGCAGGGGACUGAAUUGAAUGCUCAGCAGCUUGCCAUUGUUGCAGGCCUUUGUCAAUGGCGAGAUGUUGUUACCCGUACAGAGGAUGAAAGGACUGGUUAUAUAUUGCCUAACAAAACUCUUCUUGAAAUUGGCCUCUGAAGUAAAUUUAGCACUUAAUGAUGAAACUGAAGCUUUAGUCGCUACAAAUGUGAAAAAAUCAAAUGUUACAAUUGAAAGUGUUGGUGGUGGCAAUGCGUUCAAUGCUAGCAUCAUUCCACAUCUACCACCUUCUUUGAAAUUUGGAAGCAGUGUUACAGAACCUGACAGAAAAGGACUAGGAUCUUUUGAGCAUCCUGGAACAAAUGGUGAAGAAAAGGAGUCUGGCAUUCGUAUCUCGGAGCUUCCCAGAGAAAGCAUUACUAACUCAUGUCAAAGUAGAGAGACAAAUACUGGCAUAUCCUCUUCAGUUAAGGUUACUGAAGCAUCUGUUCAGGCUCUAAAGAAACCUACCCGUGGUUUUGGAGCACUGCUGGGUAACCCAAAGAGAAAGUUUGAUACCCAAAAACAGGACAAGGAAGAGAUCAAAUUGGAUCAGAUUAGAUCUUCGGUGAAUCUACCAUUCCACUCAUUUUCUGCCAGGGAUGAACAGCCAAAAGCAGUUAAAGAGGUCAAGGUGGAGCCUGUUACAUCUUCAAACAACCUUCACUCCCUCUCAUCUUUUACCUGUGGUGAACAGCCAAAACCUGUCGCCGAAGAGUCCAGUAAAGUGUUAGAAAUUCAAUCUGAGCAACCUCCUGCUGAGCCAUCAGCUAGAUCUAAUACCGAAGAUGUAUAACUUGGAGAAAACCAAUGUGCCCAGGGAGGACAAUUCUGCAGAGCCUGCUUUGGAAAUGGAUGAACAAGAUGAGCCUAUGUUGCUCUCUGAUUUAUCUACCAGCUUCUAGGAAUGCCCGCAAUCAGUGAACAAAAAUAGAAAACCGGAAAGCUCGAGAAAUCUGAAAACCAUAGUGGCUUUUUGCUGAUAAAGCCAUUUGAUUUUGAAGCUGCGAGGAAACAGAUCAGAUUUGGAGAAGCUCCGAAGGAAGAAUCAGUGGGAUUGACGGAAACCAAAAGAACCCACGAGAUUCUGGGGAUAAGAAGAAAAGAAAAGUUAAGCUGGCAGUCAAGGCCAAAAAGAUGAUGGAACAAAAGAACUUUCACAAGGUAAAUGCCAUUUUGCUUUUCCAGCAACUGGGAAUCGAAGUACAACAUUUCGCUGAGUCUCAGGCAUGAAUUAUGCUGCUGUGUAAAGUGGAAAUGCAAUGAAUUUUGGAUAUCUAAAAUACGUUUCAAAAGUGAAAAAUGAAUAUGAAAGUUGUUAUAAAUGAAAAGUAAAAACUAUAGAAAUCAAUCUUUGUUUCAAUAGUUGAAUAGCAUUUCAUGUAUCAUAUAUGUGAUUAACAUGAAGCGAUGUACGAGAUGUAUUAUAGAUUUUGCAAGUGAAAAGAGGCAUGGCUUGCAAGAUG